GACCAGCUGUUUGGAAAGAUCAACAAAUUUACAAAAAAAAACAUUUUGGAAAAAUACGCAAAAAAAUAAUGGAAUUUGUUGAUAAAAUGGAUUUGGAGAAUGAGCGUGUGCUCAAACUGAUAUUCCCGGAUGGUGUGCCAGACAAUCUGCGUGGCAAUCCCGAACUGGACAAUUACCUCGGAAAGCUGGGCACCUAUAAGGUGGAACAGCUGAAAAAGGAGCAGGCACGCCUGGCGGACGAGACGAAGAGCAUACUGGAGCAGACCCAGGACCUGGCCAUCUCCAACUACAAAACAUUCAUCACGACGGCGGAGAACUCGCGCUCGAUAUUCAACGAGUUCCGCAAGACGGAGGAGCAGGUGGGCACGCUGAUUGGCAAGCUGCCGGAGUUCAGUGGCAAGUGCGAGCACUUCCUGAAGGACUCGGCCGAGCUGAACGAGCAGCGACGCCUCAAUUCCAUAACGCUGCAGCGGAAUGCCCAGCUGCUGGAGAUUCUCGAGCUGCCGCAGCUGAUGGAGCGCUGCAUACGCGAAGGACGCUACGAGGAGGCCCUCGAGCUGGCCGCCUACGUGCAGAACCUCGGCCAGCAUCAGGGACACAUAUCUGUGGUGAAUAGCAUUGUGCACGCCGUGGAGGCCUUGUGGCACACCAUGCUGGUGCAGCUGGUGGCCCAGCUGCGUUCGGACUUGCAGCUGCCGAAGUGCCUGCAGAUCGUUGGAUAUCUGCGCCGCAUGCAGGCAUUCGGCGACAACGAGCUGAAGCUGAAGUUCCUGCAGGCACGCGACUCCUGGCUCACCUCCUGCCUGGAGGCCAUUCCCACGGCGGAUGCACAGCAGCAUCUGACCAAGACCAUCGAGAUAACGCGCAUCAAUCUGUUCAACAUCAUCACCCAGUACCGGGCCAUAUUCCCCGAGGAAGAGGCCGCUGCCAAGGUGACGAGCGGCGCUCUGAGACCCUUGCAGGGUGUCAGCUGCAACGGCGAUCGCCUCUUCCAGGCCUGGCUGCACAACAAAAUCAAUGCCUUCCUGGAGACACUCGAAAAGGAUCUGCAACGCGGCGUUGGAUCCAUUGAGACGGUCCUGGGCCAGUGCAUGUACUUUGGGCUCUCGUUCAGCCGCGUCGGUGCCGACUUCCGAGCCCUCAUGGCGCCCAUCUUCGUGGGCGUGGUGCAGCGCAAGUUCGUGGCCAGCAUUGAGCAGGUGAACGAGCAGUUCGAGGAGGAGCUGGAGAGAUUUACGCUGAUCAACAAGGUGACGCUGCACUCCCGCAAGCAGGUGGAUGCCGCCACGCUGUCCGCCAGCGAGCACGAGUCCUUUGCGCCACCAGAGACGCUGCUGGACUUCUACCCGCUGGCCGCCCUCUGCAACGGCUAUCUGAAUGCGCUGAACGAGCUGCGGCUCUGCGCCCCACUGGCCCUGGCCACAGACGUCACGCACUGCUUGCAGCAGUCCCUGCAGCUGGUGGCCCAGCGGGUGCUCGCCUUCUACCGCCAGGAGCAGCAGGCCUUCACGGGCAACGAGCGCGAGAGCUUCGUGAAGCUGUGCUCCUGCCUGGCCUACGAUCUGGUGCCCUAUGUCCAGCGCUGCAUCCACGGCGUCUUCCCGCCCCAGUCGCUCACCCUGCACCUGGGCACAAGCCUCCUGCAGCUGGAGCAGCAGCAGCUCACCUAUCUGCAGCAGCCACGCAUCCUAGAGCCCCUCAAGCAUCUCCUGCCCACCAAGGUGCUGGUGCAGCCACAGCCUGCCCAGGCAGCCGUUCUGGAGCCAAAGCCCAGCGCCAAUCUACCCGUUGCUGCCGAGGGAUGAAUCGUUUCCAACACACAUAUUUAUUUACAGUUUAUCGGGAGUAAAAUAUGUUUUUAUGCGAAAUAAGUGUCAAAAACAAAGCUCCUUUGGAGGAUCCUUUAGUCUCUUUUAUAGGGGAACACAAAUGGAAAUAAUUAAAUCAGCUUGUAAGCAAUAAUACAUCGCGAUGCACGUGAA